CCCCACCACCACCGCCGCCGCAUUCGAAAACCUCGUCGCCGAUCUCCUCCUCCUCCUCGCGAGAUCUUCGAGGCUUCUCUCUUCUUCGAUCUCUUCGAUCCCCGUGGUGGUGGUGAUCUGGUUCGCGGCGGCGGAGGAGAUGGCGGCGAGCAACAUCGGGAUGAUGGACGGGGCCUACUUCGUGGGGCGGAACGAGAUCCUGGCGUGGAUCAACACCACCCUGCAGCUCGGCCUCUCCAAGGUCGAGGAGGCUGCGUCGGGGGCGGUGGCGUGCCAGCUGAUGGACGCGGCGCACCCGGGGGCGGUGCCGAUGCACAAGGUCAACUUCGACGCCAAGACGGAGUACGAGAUGAUCCAGAACUACAAAGUUCUUCAGGACGUCUUCAACAAGCUCAAGAUCACCAAGCACAUCGAAGUGAACAAGCUUACCAAGGGAAGGCCCCUUGACAAUCUGGAAUUCAUGCAAUGGAUGAAGCGAUACUGUGAUUCGGUCAAUGGAGGCUUCAUGAACAGUUACAAUGCUUCUGAAAGAAGGGAGAGCAGCAAGGGCGGCAAAGAGACCAACAGAAGGACAUCAGUGCCUUCUCAGGCGCCGGCCAAAUCCUCAUCCGCCACCCACAAAGCACAGGCAUCAUCUCAUGGUGCCAAGAAGGCCAAUGGGCAUGCGCCGAACGCCCCUCCGUCACGGAGCGCAAAGCCGUCUCCCGCAAACUCCGCUGGACCAGCUUAUGAUGAACAGAUCACUGAGCUGAAGCUGCUCGUCGAUAGUCUCGAGAAAGAAAGAGAUUUCUAUUUCUCCAAGCUGAGGGAUGUGGAGAUCUUGUGCCAGAGCCCUGAAGUCGAGCAUUUGCCGAUUGUCAACGCGAUUCAUAAGGUACUCUACGCUGCGGAGGAUGACCCCUCGAUGGUGGCGGAGGCGCAGGCGAUGAUAUCGCAGCAGCAGCAGAGUGAGCAGCCGAUGCUGAGCCCAAUCCUGGAGGCGUCGGAGGAGAGGCCGGCGAAGCAGGAGGCGCACAAGAGGAAGAGCAUCUCCGACCUGGAGCUGGAGGAGUUCGGCAUGGCGUCCAGCUCGAGGCAGAGGCUCUCCGACAUCUCCGACGUGCAGCUGUGCGGAUCACCUCUGACGAGCUUCACUUGAAUGAAUGACUGAAUGAAUGAAGAACACAGCAAUUGGGGCACAAUUUGCAGCUGUGACAUUGGAUUAGUACUAGAUUGCUCUCUAUAUCUCUUUCUUUCUUUUGUUGGAUUUGUUUGUUGGUUUUCCUUUGCGUUGUAUUGUUGGUGGUAUAAUGUGUGUGCUAUUUUCUUGCCUUCGGAUGGUGGUUGUGCCACAGCAUUUGUGGCACUUUUGAGACAAUAUUAUUAUGCAAAUAGUUCGGUGAUUUAUGGUUA